UGCUGUUGAAAUGGCUGAUAAAAUAGCGGAGAAUGUUGGUGAUGCCGUUGGAGUUGAUAUCUUUGCUCGAUUUGACGAAAUUGAAGAGUCAUUCAACAAUUUAUUCGGGCAGAAGCGCCGACUCGUUGCGUUGCUUUACAUUAUUAGUAUGCAGCAACUGUUGCCGGCACCAUUUUACCUGUUCGAUUCAAUUGAAGAGUUGAUUUUCGAACCGUAUCUUGAACCAUUGAUCACUUACUUGAACGAGCUAUCGAAUACGUCGCAAAUCAUUGCAUCAACAAGACGACGGGGCUUGGUAAAUGGACCUAAUUUUAUUGAUGAUAUAUUUCGAAUGACGGAAGGCGUACCACACGGAGACGCUGAAAUGGUCUCUUACCAAGAAGACUGAAUGCAACGACAACGAAACCAUUAACACUCAUUAUUCAUUUGGUUGAGUUCAUUUUGAAAAAUGUUCAAUCGUUUUUUUUUAUGAGCGGUAGUAUUUUACGAACUCAGCAUUGCUAAAAAUGGUGCACACCGAGAGAGAGAAAGAGAAAGAAAGAUGUCCAGAAUAAAAUACAAAGUUGUUAUUUAAUCGUAUUUAUUCGUCGUGUGCAGACACUUCAAUAAAGUGCAACUUAAAGCGGGUCAUAAAAUAUUGAACAAAAACCAGAAUAUUUUAGUUAUUGUUUGAAAAGAAAGAGAAAAAACAAGCA